UAUCUGAGCACUUGAUUUUAUUUUUGAGUAAAUGCAUUGUGGAAUUUGUUAUUAGUUUAAAAUUGUGACAUAUUAGAUUUUACAUUAGUUAAUAAUACUAAAAGUUGUUAUAAAAUUAAGCGCGCGUUUAUAUUUCGUUAAGGGUCACCAAAAUAUGGGCUUAGAAAACAUGCGACGUUGGCCAAUGUAUAUUGUAUUUGCUGUUUGUUUCUUACUUACCCUUUCGCUCUUCAAUAGCUGGAGUAUGGAGACAGAAUUACAAAAUAAAUUAACUGAGCUUAGCACUCAACUGCAAGAAUGUUCAAAACAUCAAACUACCUGCAUGGAAGAUUCGUUGCGGCACAUUCAACAAAAAGACAGUUUUAAUUCUAAAAUUAAUGACUUAGAAAAUCAGAAAAUUAAGUUAAAUAAUGAUUUGUUAGAGUAUAAAGAUAAAAUGUCGAAAUCUGAAACUAAAAUAAACCGCACAUUAGUUGAUGUGGAGCUUUGUAAAACAGAACUACAAUCUUUGCAAAACUUACAACUAAGCAAAUCUGCUACACUUGAGACUCUCCGGUUAGAAAAGGAAACUUUAACUAGCCAACUAGAAGAGCGUAAACAGAAGGUAGAAGAAUUGGAGAAAGAAAUUUUAAGGUUAAAAUCGUCAAUGACAACUAAAAGUGCGCCAAACCCUCCCGCACCAUCUAAGGUAACACCAGCAGCUCAGCCUCCAAAAUUAAGCUCUUCACUUAAUGCCCUCAAUCCAGUGAAUGAACCAGUUCUUGAAGAUAAUGCUAAAGAAGAAAUUGAAGAUGUAAAUGUAGAUUUUGAACAACAAUUGUAACAAAAUGUUGUUUAAUAUUUCACUAGGUAGGUAUUCAAAGGUUUACAAUUUGUUACAUAUAUUGUGAGAAUUGUGGCCUCUUAAUUUUAUUGUUAAUGAAAUGCUGUUGAAGUGAAGACUAAAACAAAAAAAAUAUCUAGUGUAAUGAUUAUAUCAGCCAUCAAGAUAACAAAUAUGGUGCUUGAUAAAGUAAUCAGUGGUAUCAUAUAAAAAGAAUAUGACUUUUUAAGAUACUAAGAUACAUUUUCUGCAAAAUUCUUUUGACGGUUCUUUAGGCCAGGUAAAAUAUCACCAUAAAUCAUUUUAAAAAAUAGCUACUUCGUUUUUGAUACUCUUGUCAAAUGCAGAUAUAUAGUCUCGGAGAUAGAUUAUAAUUAGUUUUACCAAAACACAAGAUUUGUGAAACGAGGAGAUUAGUUAGGAUUUAUAAGAGACCCUCUUUUAUUUUCCUUUUAACAUUUUUUUUAUGCCUUAACAAAAUGUAUGGUCAACAAAGUAUUGCAACUUGUAAGCAAUGUAUAUGUAGUAUAUAUAAUUAUUUGUAUGACUAUUCUAGUAAAAUAUUUAGAAAUGUAGUUAUUUUUAGGGGCUAUGGUAGAUUUAGUGUUACUAUAUAUAUAUUUUGUAACAUCACAAUUUCAAUCUUUAUUUAACAGCUUUAUAAGCAUGAAUAAAGCUAAUCAAUUUACAUAAUGGUUUAUUAAUAUAUUUAAUUUGAGCAAUAGAGGCAUCAACUUAUCUAUUUUUAAUAAUAUCAACAAUAUUCUUUGUAUCUUGAAAAGAAGUGUUUUAACAAUUCUGCUGUUGAUCAAGCAUUAGUAACUCUAACCCUGAUUUUAAAUAGAUCAAAAUACAUAUAAAUUAUAUAUAAAAUAAUUUUUUUAGAAGUUCAAAUCUAAUAUAAGAUAUUAAAAGUAUACAAUAGUAUUAGGUAAUUUGUUCUCAAAAGUAUAAGUAUUAUUUUUAUAUUCUAAAAUAUUGCCAUUAUGGUGCCAGAAAUAUAGAUCUGAAAAAAACUCUUGUAUUUUAUUUGAAUUCAAUCCUUAAAAAUAGGCUAAUGUUUGUUUCCAAUGUAAUUAACUAACAGUGAAAAUAAAUAAGACAUACUUUGUUAUUUAAAAUAAAUAUAUGGUGCUACAACUUUUUUAGGCCUCAUUCUGUAUCUGUUUCACUAUCAUUUGUAAAUCACAUAGGUAAGUAGAUGAUCAGCUUUCUGUUCCUGACACACGCCGUCGACUUUUUGGGUCUAUGUCAACCGGCUUCCUCAUGAUAUUUUCCUUCACCGUUCGAGCUAAUGUUAAAUGCGCACAUAGAAAUAUAGUCUAUUGGUGCACAGCCGAGGAUCGAACCUACGACCUCAGCGAUGAGUCGCACGCUGAAGCUACUAGGGCAACACUUAUCAACUCAACUUUGUUAUUUAUGCAGCAAAAAACAAAUUUAAUGUGGAUUUCACACUUUUAACAAUAUGCAAAAAAGGAGCAGAUCUUAUAUUGAAGGCACAUAUUGAUAAUAUCAAGACAAAAUUAACCACACUUUCGGGAUCUAACAACUCCAUUGUAAAAUGUUUAACUUUAAACAAUAUACAAUAAUUCUUUAGUCAAACAUCCUAUGGAUUGUAACAGAAAUGAAGGGUACAAGUACAAAAAUGACUUAAUGACAAAUUGGACCUAUUUACUUUCAACAUCUUUGUGCAACAUUUUGACCGGUACUAAAUCUCCCUAUUUCCUGCUAGUAUCCAUGUUCUUAAUUUUUUUGUUAUGUUUGUAUAAGUUUGCAUAAGAUAGUGACAUAGUAUAAUUAUUCUGAUGUAAG